AUGUCAUCAGCAAUUGUGACUGGAGCGACCGGCAUUCUCGGAAGAGAAAUUGUCGACCGGCUCGCUCAGAACCCGGAACAAUGGAAGACCAUAUAUGCUAUAUCGCGCAGCCAGAGGGACCAGUACCCACCCAACAUCAAGCACGGAUUCAUAGCCAAGGACCUGCAAGGUGUCGAGGCCGAGUAUGUCUUCUUCGCCGCAUACCUUCAGAAGGACUCUGAGAAGGAGAAUUGGGAUGCGAAUGGCGACAUGCUCCGAAACUUCCUUGCGGCUCUCGAGAAGACCGGCGCCGCGGACAAGAUCAAACGAAUCCUGCUCAUCACCGGCGCAAAGCAGUACGGUGUGCACCGCUGCGUCCCCAGCAACCCGAUGGAGGACUCGGAACCCUGGCACCGCGAGGACCCGCCGCUCCCGCCCAUCUUCUACAACCUGCAGCAGGAUAUCCUCCGUGCCUUUUGCGAGAGGCACCCUAACGUCUCGUGGACGGUGAAGUAUCCGAACGACGUCAUCGGCUUCGCAAAGGACAACUACAUGAGACUCGCCACGACGCUCGGCAUCUACGCCGCCAUCACCAGGGAGCUCGGGAGGGACCUCGAGUUCCCCGGCUCCGAGACGUUCUACACAAAGUUCGACUGCUUCACGUCGGCGAGGCUGCACGCCGAGUUCUGCGAGGGGCUCGAGAGGGAUGCUUUUGACAAGGCCACUUGGUCUUACCUCGGCUUCGUCCUGGGUCGCAACUUCGACUUGGUCAUUAGCAUGAGCAAGGCGCGGGAGAUGGGCUGGACAGGCUGGGCAGACACUUGGCAGUCUUUACAAGACUUCUUCGGACAGCUGGAGACGGAGAAGAUCUUGCCCAGGGCUUACGGGUACGCCCGUUAG